CGCUCGCCCCGCUCUAACGGUAGACCAAGCUGUCGCUCGCUGCCUUCUCGGUCCCUGUGGGAGUGUGGGCCGGGGGCGGCCCCCAAAAGUAGGAGGCGCGGGCGGAGCAGGUCUGCGAGUCGAGAUGUCGUGGCGGUGCACUUGCAAGCAAGAAUCGGAAGGAGCAGGAGACCGCAAGCAUAGGCCCAGGAACAAUGGCAUCCAAAGAAGAACAAGCAGUAAAAAAUCUCAACAUGGACAAUACCCAACAGGAAAAAGAAGGGGGGGACCAGGCCCCUUUGCAGAAUGGAGAGGAGUCACGCGAUUUGGGAAUGGGUAGAGGCCAGAAGCCUGGAGGAAGUGUCAGGCUGGGACGGGUUAGACGAAUUGGAAGCCCUGUCCCUAAUUUUCGAUGGGCCAUACCCAGCAGGCAUAUUGAUCACAAUGAGGUGGGGGAUGAUGUAGAGAAGCACGUAGGGAAGAUGAUGGAAAUCAGGAGAAAGACUAAGAAGCAGCAAAUGAGGCAUCAUGUGUGCUACCAAACUCCUGAACCUGACAAUCAUUAUGAGUUUUGCCUAUACCUUGAACCCUAA